AUGAUAUCUUCUACCUUCUCGAUACUGGCCUUGCCAGCCGUCUCCCUCGCCUUAAGCCAGCAGCAACCUCUCUACUCCUCCUACGAUUUCAACCCUCUCGAGCAUCUCGCCGGCAUAGCCCCGUACUUCGAACCCAACGACCCAGCAAAAGACCCCUCCCCACCGCAAGGCUGCCACGUUACAAAAGCCGCUUACCUCGUCCGCCACGCCGCCAUCAACGCCAACGACUUCGACUACGAAUCCUACCUAGGCCCCUUCGCCUCGAAACUCAAGAAUACCACCACAGAUUUCAGCAAGAUCCCGGGCUUGACCUUCCUCGCGACGUGGAAAGAGCCCGAUGUCAAGGAACAGGAACGCGUCACGAGGACGGGAAAGUUGGAGGCGGCGCAGUUGGGCGUGCAGCUUUCGUAUCGGUAUCCUGAUUUACGACUGCCGAAGCGCGUGUGGUCGAGUACGUCGGAACGAACGACUGUGAGCGCUGAGGCGCUGAUUCGGGGGUUCGAGACGGACGAGGAUGAGAUUGAGCUCGUGCAGAUUUACGAGAGCAAGGAGUCUGGCGCGGAUAGUUUGACGCCGUAUCAGGCGUGUCCGGCGUAUUCGUCCUCGCGGGGAUCGCAGCAGAGCCAGGCUUUCGCGAAGAAGUACACGGCACCGAUUUUGGCGAGGCUGAGGGCGCAGGCGCCGCGGUUUAAUUGGACUUCUGAUGAUGUGAUUGGUAUGCAGGAGUGGUGUGGGUAUGAGACUGUCAUCCGAGGGGAUUCGCCGUUCUGUUCCUUGGAGCUGUUCAGUCCCGAUGAGUGGCUGGCGUUUGAGUAUACGCAGGAUUUGAUGUAUCACCACAACACCGGGUACGGGAAUGACGUUUCUGGGUCGAUUGGAUACCCGUGGCUCAAUGCGACUGCGGACCUCCUCGCUACGCCGCCCGAGUCGGACGAUCAGGAUAUUUACAUUUCGUUCACGCAUCGAGAACUCCCGCCUACUGUGUUGGUCGCCAUGGGCUUGUUCAACAAUUCGGAUUUGACCGGUGCCAACGAUAUCAACGCCACCAUGCCCACGACCCGCAUCAACUACCACCGCCAAUGGGUCUCUUCGUACAUCCUCCCCUUCCUCACGAACGUGGCCGUCGAGCAGAUGAACUGCUCCGCUUCGUAUGGGUACCAAAACUCUACAGACCCAACUUACUAUCGCGUUCUGGUGAACAGAAGCCCGCAAGUGUUGCCGGAUUGCUACGAUGGACCUCUGGAGAGCUGUUCUGCGAAGGUAUUCCAGAAUUUCGUGCAAGAGAGGGGGGAAGUCUUUGGAGACUUUGGUGGUGCUUGUGGAGUCAAGUACUCGAACUCGACGAAUGUUACGGGGUUCUAUCAGAAUCAGACGAAGGGGGAGACGGUUGGGAAGAGGUGA